AAGAAGGCGGUGACGUCACUGCAGGAGCAAGUGCAGCGGCCGCGUCCUGGUCUUGGCCCCGCCCCAGGGCACUAAGGGCAACCUCUGGGCCAGCGGUAGGGGACGAGUCACCCUGCCUGCCAGACCCGCACCCAGGACGCGCUGGUGGCAGCAGUCCCAGGGAGAUCAGCCGUCACAAAUCUGCUGAGACUGUCAGGGCCUGGGGGACCUUCGGAGGCCACCACCAAUAAAGAGGCAUCUUCAGACCCUCCCUCGUGCGGCCUUGCGCCGGACCCGGGAGCCACGAAUCGGCUGGCAAACACCCACCUCGGCUAGCCUGGGACGCGUGAGUCCCCUCUCCUAGGGCUACAUCGUGCAGCCCUGCUCGCAGGGACCGGGGACGCCCUGCCUGAGCUUCUAGCUGGGUCUGUCUCUAGCCUCCGCCGGUGAGGCCUCAUUCCCAGGUAGGCUUGGGAAAGCGAUCGUGGCACCCUGGAUCAGUUUUUGGAUUCCCGAGGCAGCUCCAGCGCGCACCAGCGGGCAUACAGCUGCCUCAAGGAGUUGGGCAAGAUGCUGUUUGGUGUCAAGGACAUCGCACUGCUGGAGCACGGGUGCAAGGCCUUGGAGGUGGACAGUUACAAGUCCCUGAUGAUCCUGGGGAUUCCGGAGGACUGCAACCACGAGGAGUUUGAGGAGAUCAUACGGGUCCCUCUCAAGCCUCUGGGCAAAUUCGAAGUGGCUGGGAAAGCCUUUCUGGAGGAAGACAGGACCAAGGCAGCCAUCAUUAGACUGGCGGAGGAGCUCAACUAUGCCGUGGUCCCCAGGGAGAUCAAGGGCAAGGGCGGGAUGUGGAGAGUGGUCUACAUGCCCCGGAAGCAGGACGUCGAAUUCCUGACCAAGCUGAACCUGUUCCUGCAGAGCGAGGGCCGAACGGUGGAAGAUGUGGCCCGAGUCCUGAGACAGGAACUGUGCCCGACGGCGACAGGUCCCAGAGAGCUGCCCGCCGUGAAGUGCUGCCUGCCUCUGCCGGGGGAGCACCCAGAGGCCGGGGCCACUGCCAGGGUGGAUGCGGUGCCACCUCCGAGCUCCCUGGAGAAGGAGAGCAAGGCUGGAGAGGGCAAGAGGAGCAAGAGGAAGCACAAGAAAAACCGUCGACGGCGCCACGCCUCCGACAAGAAGCUGUGAGCCGGCGUCGGGGGGCGGGGCACGUGGAGCAGCGUGGGAAUGUUCUGAGUGGUU